AUGAGUGAUAAUGAUAUACAACGAAGGAAUAGUAAUGAGAUAGAGGAAUAUGAUCCAAUAGAAGGGAAUAGUACUGCUAUAAAUAAUCCAGAUGCUUCUACUUUAUUACAUCGGCCGAAAGAUUCAAAAUUAGAAGAUCAACAAUGUUCAAAUAUAUUACCAUCACAGGGUUUCCCAUAUAGUUUGAUAUUAAAAGUACAAAGUUCAGAGCCAAGAGAUGUUUUACAAUCAGAGAGAACUUGUUUAUCAUUUGUUAGAUUUUCAACUGCUUUAUUUUUUACAGCUUUGGCUGUUUUAUUAAAUUUCAAGUUUGAUACUUCGGGAAAUGAAUCAAAUCAUGAUAAAGAUGAUAAUUGUUAUCAUAAAACUUAUUCAAUUGUUGUUUCAUAUAUGUUAUUAUUUUUGUCAUCUAGUGUAUUGGUAGUUAGCGGGUUUAACUAUUUUAUUACAAUUAAUAGAUAUGCAAAAUUAAAAAUAUCAACUUAUAAUUUUAAUAACUUAUCUACUGUGAUAUGUAUGGCUGGAAUAGUUAUCACAUUGGUAAGUUUAAACAUUCUAAUGAUUGUAGAAGGGUACUUAGAAGAUUCAUGA